UAGCCAGUUAGUUUAUUGCCGGCGUUGACGCGACUCGUUUGCUUCUCGUUUCGCGUGUAUCAAAUUCGGUGAGAACCCUUUGGUGGAUGCCUCUUCGAUGAUGGAUGUGGAGUGUUCGGCCGCCGACGAGUUCGGCGGCUCGGUAGUGAGCUCGGACGCAGGCAGCGACACGGGCAUGGAGUGGACGGACGCGAGGGAAAGCCUCACCCACGGUAGCGUUUCGCCGGUCGAUCCCCUAAGCAGCGAGUACGAGGAGGUGUUCAGCGACAGGCCAGACAAGCCAGACAGCCCCCUGUGCAAUGGCAACGACGCCGACCAAGACCAGCAGCCCCUUGAGCAGCAGCAAGACGACGACGACAAUUUUGUGGUCGAUAGUCUCGGCAAAAUCGCCACUGAAGCCGAAGCCAGGCUAGCUGCAAGGCGGCAGGCGAGGGCUGAAGCGCGAGAAAUCCGAAUACGGGAGCUGGAAAGACAGCAAAAGGAGUCGGAGCAGCCCCCAGACAAUGUGCUUUCGCCAGCCGAAACCAAGCAGCAAAAGCUAGAAACACCUGUGCGGUCGCGGGUCGCCGUCAACAGUCCAAGGAAUCUUUUGUCCGCCCAGCCAUCAAAUUACCAGUCAAGCAGACGGUCCUCGGAAGACUCAAUGGAGGACGGAGGGGUUAAUUUAAGGGACAUGAGGCAAGAGAUGAAGGAUUUGGACGAAAAGUUUAAAAAAGCGAUGUUCCACAAUGCUCAAUUGGACAACGAAAAGGCUUCUUUUGCAUAUCAAGUGGAACUGCUGAAAGAUCAGAUCGAACAGUUAGAAGAGUCGCAUUUUCUUUUACAAAAAGAACAUAGGGACAAAUGUAAAGAAUACAGCCAACUAAAACGGGAGUCGGAUAAAGUGAUUGAAGAGAGGGACAUGUAUAAAUCUCUGUUAGAAGAACGAGAUAGGUUAAUACAGGAGGCUGGUCUAGUCAUUGUUGGUGAGGACAUUGCGUCAAGCGAAGAGGAAGACAGCGAUGAGGAUGAAGACAGCGAAAGCACGCAAAGCAAGAAGAGCCCCUCUCCUCCAAAGCAAAGAAAAGCCCUUGUAUCGGCCGACAACGCUCAGCUGCUGGACUCGGCGGGCCAAGGUUCCCUUGACGUGCGGUUGCGCAAGUUUAAGGAGGAGAGAGAUGAAUUGCAGGACCAGGUGCGGCAUCUCAAGCUGGAGCUUGAGGAAGAACGGAACCGCAGCCUCAAGGGCUCUGUUGGAUCCUCUUUCAGCAUGAACGGACCUAAUGAUGAUGAAAUGGACUUGAACCGAGAAGCCUCAAAGCAACUGGGUGAUUACAAAUUCAAGCUGCAAAAGGCUGAACAAGAUAUAUCAACGCUGCAAGCCAAUGUUGCUCGUCUUGAAAGCCAAGUGCUGCGCUACAAGACUGCUGCUGAAUCGUCCGAAAAAGCCGAGGAAGAGCUGAAAACAGAGAAGCGCAAACUGCAGCGAGAGGUUAGAAAUGCCCAACAGCGAAUUCAGAACCUAGAGACUAGCAACUGGGAACUGCAGAAGCAAGUAAACAGGCAAACAGAGCACCCUUCAGCGGCACUGCGAUAGUGCUUCGGGAGGCGCAAGUACGGGUAGAAGAGCUAGACACUCAGAACACUCAUUUGGUGCGAAGACUAGACAAGCUCAAGAAUGCAAAGUCGGCGCUGCUGAAGGACCUCUGACACUGAAUGCAGCCGCGCAGGCCUGCUUUGAGAAACUCUUUGCGAGUGAUCACGUCGACGAUCGUUUACUAUGGUGUGAGGGUGAAAAGACUUUCCCUAAUCUUGUCAAGUCCUUUAACGUACCAAACCACUGUUCUGCUCUUUCCGCGACCGCUAGUCGCCAAUAUGUUGAAUUAUUAUUGAUUGUUUCCUUCGCCGCCACGCAACUUCCGUCUGAAUAAAAAUGGACGCUCCUGUCACUUGUUCUGGGAAUGAUCAAGUCUGGCUGCCUUCGAACCAGGCGCCUGAAACCAUACUUUAAAUUUUCCAAGUAAUAACAACUUUAUGGACAUCAUAAGUCUGUGAUUAUUGAUGAACUCUUUUAAUUUGUAUGUAUAUGUUUGAUUGGCGCUUUUGUAUAGAAGGAUAAUAAGUGUACAUUUUAACAGCUUUUGCAAUAAUAACUAAAACUCGUUGUGUAUAUAAGAGCUAAGUAUGAGCCAAAUUAUUAACAGAUUUGGAGCCAGCCGCCAUAUGUAAUUCUAGGUGCAACCGAUGGAAACAUUUUUUUACUUUGUAAAAUCCGGUAAAAGCAAAAAUGCAUACCAAGCCUAUAAUCACACUUCCUCACAUCAUAUCCAUCACAAGAACAUUGAAUAGUGUACUUCUUAUACCCCUGUAAUGUGCAUGCUGUUCUGGCAAUACAAUCAAACCUACCAAAAUUUUGUUUCUUGCUUCUAGUGGCUGUUUUAAUACAAUAAUGUUAAUUAGUUUGAUUUGAAGUACUUUAUCGAAAGCACAUUCUUUUAUCUUGAUUCCCUAAAUUCUUUUGUACCGACUGCGAAACUCUAACUUAUUAUAUGGUAUUAUGUUGGAUUGUUGAGUACUGAAAAUAUUAAAAAAAGUUUAAAGCUUAAAA